GUCAGACCCGGAAGUGAUGUGCAGUCAGCAGACUGAGUGAAAACAUCAACAUCAGCUCGGUGUUUUUCUGAAUUAGACGGAGCCGCCCCGUGAUACGCGGACCUUUCUCCCGGUUUUCCUCGGCGGAGGCUCAGGGAGCGGUCAGAAAUGUGGAUCCAGCCAGAGGAGGUGCUCUUGGCCGGACCAUUGUGGGUGUCUGAGCGGGCCAACCCGUUCUUCAUCCUGCAGAGGAGGAGAGGACACGGCCGUGGGGGUGGGCUCUCUGGUCUCUUAGUUGGGACACUGGAUGUGGUUCUGGACUCCAGUGCCAGAGUCGCUCCUUACAGGAUCCUGCUGCAGACUGGUGACUCUCAGAUCUACUGGAACAUCGCCUGUGGCUCAUCCAGGAAGGAGAUCACAGAACACUGGGACUGGCUGGAGUCAAACUUGCUGCAGACCAUCUCCAUAUUUGAUAAUGAUGAAGAUGUCACCACCUUUGUCAGAGGAAAAAUCUCUGGCAUCAUUGCAGAGGAGAACCGACUGAGGCAGGAGGGGGAGCAGGAGGAGGAUUGUGAGAAGUUUCGGGAGGCAGAGCUGAAGAUGAGGAAGCUGUUUGGCAUGCCUGAUGAGGAGAAGUUGGUGAAUUAUUACUCCUGUAGCUACUGGAAGGGCCGAGUGCCACGGCAGGGCUGGCUCUACCUGUCCGUCAACCACCUGUGCUUCUACUCCUUUCUGCUGGGCAAGGAGGUGACCCUGGUGGUGCAGUGGACAGAGGUGACUCAGCUGGAGAAAAACUCCACCCUGGUGUUUCCGGAGAGCAUUCGAGUCAGUACGCGUCUCACUGAGCAUUUCUUCUCCAUGUUCCUUAACAUCAACGACACCUUCAAGCUGAUGGAGCAGCUUGCCAACAUCGCCAUGCGCCAGCUGCUCGACAAUGAAGCAUUUGCUGCCGACCGCUCGCUGCCCAAACCCUGCAAAACGCUCAAGAAUGUCUCUGCACUCAAGAGGGAUUUGGAUGCACGGGCAAAGAACGAGCGUUACCGAUCAAUGUUCCGGCUGACACAGGACGAACGCCUGGACGGACACACAGACUGCACGCUGUGGACGCCAUUCGCUAAAAUGCAUGUGGUCGGACAGCUGUUCAUCUCCAACAAUUACAUCUGUUUUAACAGCAGAGAAGAAGACUUGUGUCAACUCAUCAUCCCGCUCAGAGAGGUGUCCAUUGUGGAGAAGGCAGACAGCAGCAGCAUCUUGCCGUGUCCCGUCUCCAUCAGCACCAAGAACAAGAUGAACUUCUUGUUCGCCAACCUCAAAGACAGAGACUUCCUGGUCCAGCGUAUCUCAGACUUCCUACAGAGGACACCUGACAGCUCCUGGGGUGACACCAACCCGCUGUCUCUGAUUGGUCACUCGACAUCCUCCAGCGUCCCUUUGUCCUCGUCUGCAGGAUCUGAGUCUGUCCAGAAGAAGCGUCAUUACCACUCCGGUCUGCCCACCGCCAGCCAGGGUCUGCUGCAGCUCUUCCAUCGCGACGCUCCAGAGGACCUGGGACCCAAAGCUAUGAAGGAGAAGAUGAAAGAGGAGGCAUGGAACAUCCAUUUCUCAGAGUUUGGUCGCGGUGUCUGCAUGUACAGAACCUCCAGAACCAGAGAACUCGUCCUCAACGGGAUCCCAGAGCGCCUAAGAGGAGAGCUGUGGCUCCUGUUCUCUGGAGCACAGAAUGAAAUGGCGUCCCACCCCGGUUACUAUGGCGACCUGGUGGAGCAGGCCAUGGGGCUAUGUUCAUUGGCUACUGAGGAGAUCGAGCGUGACCUUCACCGUUCGAUGCCCGAGCACCGAGCCUUCCAGAACGAGACAGGCAUCGCCGCGCUGCGCCGUGUCCUUACCGCUUAUGCCCACCGCAACCCCAGCAUUGGAUACUGUCAGGCGAUGAACAUCGUCACCUCCGUCUUGUUGCUUUACUGUCCGGAGGAGGAAGCCUUCUGGCUGUUGGUGGCGCUGUGUGAGCGGAUGCUGCCCGACUACUACAACACCAGAGUUGUAGGUGCUCUGGUGGAUCAGGGGGUGUUUGAAGAGCUGACCCGAGCCUUCCUCCCCCUGCUGUAUGAACAUAUGCAGGAGCUGGGGGUCAUCUCCACCAUCAGCCUGUCCUGGUUCCUCACGCUCUUCCUGUCUGUGAUGCCCUUUGACAGUGCCGUCCUAUUGGUCGAUUGCUUUUUCUACGAGGGCAUCAAGGUCAUCUUCCAGGUGGCGCUGGCUGUGCUCCACGACAACAUGGAUGCCUUGCGGUCCUGCAAUGACGAGGGAGAAGCCAUGACCAUCCUGGGCAGGUACCUUGAUAAUGUUGUGAAUAAACAAACGGUGGCUCCACCCAUCCCUCACCUGCACGCCCUGCUAACAAGUGGGGAUGAUCCUCCACCUGAGAUCGACAUCUUCGAGCUCAUCAAGUCGUCCUACGAGAAGUUCGGCAGCUUGCGUUCUGAUGUCAUCGAGCAGAUGAGGUUCAAGCAGAGGCUGAAGGUCAUUCAGUCUCUAGAGGACACGGCCAAGAGGAGUGUGGUGAGAGCAAUGAUGACGGAGUCCGCAUUCAGUAUCGAGGAGUUGGAGGAGCUGUACUGUCUCUUUAAGUCCAAACACAUGACAAGCUGUUACUGGGGCUCCAGCAGCUCUGCAGCUGAGCGUCAUGAUCCUAGUCUGCCGUACCUGGAGCAGUACCGCAUCGACUCAGCUCAGUUCACCCAGCUGUUUACUGCACUUGCUCCCUGGAUCUGUGGAGGCCAUACUCCAACUCUAGCGGCCCGCCUCUUCAGACUUCUGGACCAGAACCAGGAUGGACUUGUCAACUUCAAGGAGUUCAUCACUGGUCUCAGUGGGAUGUAUCAUGGAGACAUGACAGAGAAACUCAAACUGCUGUACAAGCUACACCUCCCACCAGCUCUUUGUCCUGAAGAGGCUGAGUCUGCUCUGGAGGCAACACACUUCUUUACUGCGGACGAACCACAAGAAUCUUCUUUGCUGUCCGAUCUCGACAUUUUGGGGCAGCAGGAAGUGACAUCAGGUGAGGUGGGGAAGGAUGGAGGUGGAGACAGCGAGGAGAAGAAAGAGGAGAAGCUGAAGGACUACAAGUACUACCUGAGGAUGUGGGCCAAAGAGAAGGAGCCCAAGACCGAGACCAUUAAAGACCUGCCCAGGAUGAAUCAGGAGCAGUUCAUUGACUUGUGUAAGACUCUGUACAACAUGUUCAGUGAGGAGCCUCUGGAGCAGCAGCUCUAUCACUCCAUUGCCACUGUGGCUAGCCUGCUGCUGCGUAUCGGAGAGGUCGGCAAGAAGUUUAACAACGGCAGCAAGAAGGCCGAUGAUGCUGCCGCUCAGGCUCCAUCCGCUGCACAGGCUCCACCUCCCAGUGCUCAGAGGGAGGAGGGCCCAGGCGAAGGGGGGUCAGGUGAGUCUCAGGUGUGCCAGGCUCUAGCCGAUGCUCAGCUGGAGCUGACGGCUCCGCAGACAUCUGACGAGGAAACCAAAGACGACACAUCUGUGUCAUCAUACUCGGUGGUGAGCUCCGGCUCGUUGCAGUGUGAGGACAUUGCAGACGACACUGUGCUUAUUGGCGGCAGUGAGCAGAGGCGAGGCAGUGUGCUGGAUGCUGAUUGGUCAAUCACCUUUGAGCAGGUGCUGGCAUCGCUGCUGACAGAGCCACCGCUCGUCGACUAUUUCGAGAAGAAGAGGGACAUCCAGAGCAAGAUGGCUGCCUGUAAGGCACAACGGGUGGUGGAGCGCCAGACAAGCUCCAACUCUGACCAUGAACUCACUCAGCAUUCCAUCUGACUCACCUCCUCCUGACCACCUGUCCAGUUGUCCGCAUGUGUUUCUUUGAGACUAUGGUAGCAGGGACACACCUCUUGCAUGAAUCAGGACUCAAACAGACUUGUGAUUUGAUUUCAAGUUGUUUGUGAUGACAUCAGCAGGGAUUGGAGCAUCCCUGCUGAUGUCUCUCUGACAGACUCACUCUCUGAUUGGCUGGUUAGUCCUGCAGGGAUGGAGAGGGGAACAUGUAAUUAUCCUGACUAUGAUGAUGUGAUGGCACAGACUCACCAUCACAGUCAGGAGCUUCACUGUUUGUUCUGGUUUCUUCUCCACGUCCAUCUGAGACUGAAAACAACUGAACCAACAGUCAUCUGACGUCAUGCAAGUCCUGCAGACAAGAUUUAAAAAACACUAUUGCCUUGAUUUCAGGUGGCCAAACCUAAUUACAACUCAAUACUUCUGCAGGUUCUUUCACAGUUAAAGCCCUUCAGGGAUGGUGUUGUGGAGAGCUUUUAAUGUGAAAUCAAAUAUAAAACUAAUAAUUAGAAAUUAACAUCUGGAUCUUCACUCCAGGUGAACGCAGGUCCUGCCUACUGUUUUAGAGUUUCUAAUUUCUUUUUUCUUUACAUGUUGAUUGCAGCAUCAGUAUGUCUCUCUGCAGGUUAGAUGCAUAUACAGUAAACAGUCUGAGUCUCUGCAGGAUCAGCUGAACUGACAACUAACAAAGCCCUAACAGAUGAACAGGUCAAGCAGGUUAAUGGCAUGUUGACAGAAAUGCGGAAGCCCCAGAGUCCCAAAACAUGAUUUUAAUUUUUUACACAUUACACAAAACCAAAAUUAUCUCAACAUAUUUGAAGUAAAAUGAAAGUUAAUUUUAUAAAUUGAUUUAUGUUGGCAACAAGCUGAAAUAUUCUCAACUUGAAGAAAAACAUCAGUUCAUAAAAAGUAGCUGAUUGAAGAAGUGAGUUAUCUAGAGAAAAUAAAAAUAAACGUAUUUAACGUUCAGAUAUUUUAGUUUUCUUCUGUGUGAUUCAGAUAUAUUAAUUGUAUAUUAAUCAUGAUGUUGUAUAACCUAAAUAAACUCAUGAACUCAUGUAACUUUUGGUUACAUGGUGAGUUCACACUUGUAGUCUUCUAUUUUGACAUCACUUUGUUUGCCUUGUUUGAUUGUCUCUGCUGCCUGUUUCUUUUGUCACCAUGCCUGUUUACUUCCUGUUGAAACUGAUGUCACAGGACUCUCCAUUGUUUUCAAUGUGUUUAUUCACAAAUAUGAUUUUAAAAUCCAUUUUAUUGAUCAGUUAUUGAUCUGUAUUCUGUUGUCUAAUAAAUACCGAAGGAAAUUCA